GGAGAGAAAGAAAUUGAACAUCCCCAUGACUUUCGAACGGCCGUUGUGGGAUGCGAUGGAGUGGUACCGCCGGAAGGCUGCUUUCACCAUGGACAACACAAUGGCGUCUGGCGAGUUGAGAGGGAUGGGUUCUGCAACUGGCGAGGCGGGGUCAGAGGGCGGGGGAACAGAGACUUCAGGUGGCACACCGAAGACUCGGAGGACGAACUCCGGGAAAGUUCGUGGUUCCGAUGUCGGGCAAGGUGUGUCGGCGAUGGCGGCGGCUAUGGAGGACACGAGCCGAAGACUGUGCGAAGGUUUGGACACGGUUGCUGGGACGUUGGCUUCGGCUACCACAGAAGGGGCCGCUUUGAUGGCGGCACGGCUGGGCGACAUGGCAACGGAGAUCGGCCACGUCGCGGGGGCAAUGCGGCAGGGGAACUCCGUUUUGGACGAGCGCGACAGGUGGUUCAACCGCCCUUUGGAUGCGUUCGGUCGGGAAAUAACGAAGAAAUCGUACCGUUUCUACGACGUCGACGUCAACGGAAGAGCUGUCGUGGACAUUGAUGCUGCCCUCGGUUUUCGGAGGCGGUCAUUGUCACACGUGCUCCUAUGGGUGAAGAAGACGGGGAAUUUCGUCCCCGAGGAGCAUACGUCGAUGCCUGACAUCAUCGGAGAUAUCGUUGAGAGGUUCCUGGACAACCUCGCUUCCGAGCACGCUUCGAGUUUGGAUAUGGGGGCCUUUUACUACAUGUGGCAUCCGGUCCGCGACUUGCUACGUUCCUUGCGCCUUGACGUUGUGUUCCCCUUCGUGUUAAGAGUGCAUGCGGACGCCGCGCUUUCCGGCGCUUCGACUAUGCUGUUGUCUGCGUUUUGGGUUGGUGGUCUUCAUACAUCUGGUUGUGGAGCCGUCGUGUUCUUGAGUGAUGACAACGGCGGGAGUUGGUACUGUUGCGGAGGUGUGGAGAAAUCAGAAGCGGGGAGGACUAACUACGAUGGCAGGAAGUUUAGGACCUUCUUCCUUACGUCUGUCUAUGACGGCGAGGGGAAGAAUUGGGUCAAGGAAGACAAGAAGGUGUCUCUUGACCUUCGGCUCUUCCAAGGUUACGGGGUCAAGGCUUUGUCGAUGAAAGCGUUUGACGUGCGAGGGAACGCAACGGAGUUCCAAAUGCUGGAUCCUGAAAAGUUUCUCUCUAAAACCAAUGGCUACCGCGUCACAGGGUCCCUCCCCGUUGUCGACAACACUUUCUUGCUCAGCAAACCUUUGGUCCAGUUCAACAGCCCGACGGACCAGCUGGCACCUACCGUCAUGCGAUACAGGGAACAGUUCGCGAGGCUGCCUGCUGCCCAGCAAGUUGAUUGUGUUUUCCUGCCCUUUGACGCGGGGUCCAAACCGGAGCAAUCCAGCGAGGCCACAGACUAUGACGGCAGAGCUCUGCGCCAUCUGGCUGGUCCACAACAUCGUUCCAGGGAAGGUACAAGUACCUUCGACAACGACGACAGCGCGGGGCAAGAGGGGGAGGGCGGUGGUGAGGAGGGGGACGACGGUGACGAACAAGAUGCUGACGGUGAGGACAAUGGCAUAGACGAUGAGAGAGACGUCGGUGGUGAGGGAUUCGAUGACACUCGCUCCUCCCAAUGUGGACGCCCACGCAACGAAAACGAUUCGCGGGCGUGUCGUGGGGUUGACGCCUACGGCGGCGCUGUCGCGGAUGGUGCUGGUGACCAGCCUCCCGAGGGGUGUCGCAGUCGCAUAACCAGGCAAGGGAUGGAAGAGACAAAAAUGCCUCACGGGGAAAGAGGAAAAGGGGAGAAGCGACAACCUCUUCUGCGAGUCAAUCGAAACAGGCGAGGGCUGACGCUGUCAACGAGGCUCAGGGCCAGGACACAUGAGCUGUGGGACUCGGGGGAUGAGGGCGAGGGGGUGGGGCCUCGCAUGCCCGAAGACGUCGACGACCUCGUUCAGCACGCGGCGCCCCUAGACACAACACGAUGUUUCUUUCUCGAAUACGACGACCAAGGCUUUGCCAGGCAAGACGUCCGUGUUGUUAACGUCGACGUCACAAGAAUCAAACGCAUUCCCCGUGGGCCUAUCCUCUACAACCACCGCUCAUUAUCUGAUAACAUUGUGAGAGGCAUCGUGAAUGCCAUAGAAAGCUCCAUCACUGUUGAACCGGGGGCGUGGGAUAGACCUGACCUUGUUCUUGCGCCAGUUGACCCCAACGUCGUCAUCGACGGGCAGGGAAGGCGAAUCACGCCGGAUGAGUUCUUUCAAAGAGACUCUGCAGAGUUCGAUUGGUACGCAAUCUGUGGUCAGCAUACCGCCGAGACCAUGAAACGGUUGGUGGAAAAGGAUUCCGCCGCGGUCAAAGUCUAUGGCCUCCGCUCGUACUCGAAAGUGCGAGUCGUCUUUUUCGACGAUGACCAUACACGAGGGUACUUCAAUGUCUCCGCCUUUGACAACACACGGGAGAACCGCGCCAUGAUGGUAUCAUUCCAAGACGCUGUGCGUGAUACGAGGCAAUGGUGGAUCGACAACGACAGAAUAGAGGCCCCCAAAGCCAAACAGAUUCCCAACUACUCUUCCAAACUCUUCCAAACUCUUCCAAGCCAAAUUGACAAUGCAUUGAAGAGGACGGAGGUAGUACUGACAAUGCAUUGAAGAGGAUAGGGAUAAGCAGGGAUAUGGGGGGAGAAGUACUAGGGGGCGCCAGUAAAGUCUACUGAACUUG